UCUGACCUUGUUCCCUUUCUCUCCCCCUCCCAGGUCAUUCUGAUGCCACACUCGCACAACGACCCCGGCUGGCUCAAGACCUACGAGGAGUACUACUUCCACCAGACGAGCAAGAUCCUGCAGAACAUGAUCGAGAAGCUGCGGGUCCACACCAACAUGACCUUCAUCUGGUCUGAGAUCUCCUUCCUCUCCCUGUGGUACGAGAGGGCCCACCCGACACUGAGGCAGCAGCUGAAGGAACUCGUGUCGUCCGGGCGGCUCGAGAUCGCGACCGGCGGCUGGGUGAUGACAGACGAGGCCAACGUGCACCUUUACGCCAUGCUUGACCAGCUGAUCGAAGGUCACCAAUGGCUCUCCAACAUCCUGGGCGUGCAGCCGGUCAGCGGGUGGUCGGUGGACCCCUUCGGACACGGCGCCGCGGUGCCGUACCUCCUGCACGAGGCUGGCAUCCAGGCCACGGUGGUGCAGCGAAUCCACUACGCCUGGAAGCAGUGGUUGGCGGAGCAGCAGCUCGGGGACUUCAUGUGGCGCCAAGUGUGGGACUCGAAAGGGGAAAGCGACAUACUGUGCCACAACCGACCCUACGACAUCUACUCCAUCAAGCACUCGUGUGGCCCCCACCCGCAGAUCUGCCUGGGUUAUGAUUUCCGCAAGGUGCCAGGGGAGUACACCGAGUACACCAUCAAGUCGGUUCCUAUCGACGACCACAACGUCAAGAAAAAAGCAGAACUCUUGCUGGAGCAGUACGGGAGGACGGGCUCGCUCUACCCUCACAAUGUCGUCCUCGUUCCUAUCGGGGACGACUUCCGUUACGACCAUGCCUCGGAAUGGGACCAGCAGUACUCCAGCUACCACCGCCUCCUGACAUUCAUCAACAACGACCCGCGUUACCACGCCACGGUGCAGUUCGGCACGCUGCGGGACUACUUCGCUGAGGUACAGAACCGCAUGCGCGACUACCCGACCCUCCAGGGCGACUUCUUCGUGUACAGUGACAUUUUCAGCGAGGGCCGCCCAGCGUACUGGAGCGGCUACUAUACCACACGACCAUACUGGAAGGUGCUCGACCGACAGUUGGAAGCAUCAUUACGUUCGGCCGAGAUCCUGUACAGUUGGUCGUAUGCGUGGGCAGUGCAGGAAGGUCAAGCGCGCGUUGUCCAGCUAUUAGAGAAAGACUAUGAGAAGCUGGUAAGAGCCAGGCGGGCACUGGCACUGUUCCAGCACCACGACGCCAUCACCGGCACCUCCAAGGCGUACGUCAUGCAUGAUUACGCUGUCAAGCUGCACGAAAGUCUGCACGACACGCUGGCCCUGGCGGGGCAGGCAGCCGAGGCACUGCUUCUCACGCCUGCCGCCAUGGCUGCUCUGGACCACCGCGCCGCGCCGCUCCACCACCUUCAUCCAGACUUCGAGAGGUCUACCUACGAACGUCUGCCCCACAAACUGCCCCUAACGGUGCCGCGCAGCAAGCCACGACUCGUAGUGAUGUUCAACUCACUGGCGCAGCGCCGCUUCGAGGUGAUCAAAGUGCUGGUGUCGUCCCUGGACGUGCGGGUCACCGACGAGCACGGCCAUGACGUGCCCGUGCAGAUCAACCCGGUGUGGAACGACACCGGUAACGGCAUGGUGAUCCUUGACAAUCAGUUUGAACUUCUCUUCGUGGCUGACCUGCCUGCGCUGAGCGUGGUGACUUAUGGCAUCCACCAGACGGCCCACCCCUCCACCGACAAUCGGGCCUCUGUGUACUCCAACAACUACGCACCGGCACCAGACCCGAAUUACUCGCCGCCCUUUGAGACGCACGACGUGCUGCCGGGAGACAUCCAGCUGGAAAGUGACCAUCUCAAGCUGUUGUUCGACGGCACCACUGGCAUGCUGCGCUCCAUCACGGACAAGCCGAGUGGUCGCGUGACGCAGGCCGCAGUGCGCUACGCCGCUUACCCCUCAGCACAGUUCAAAUCUGGCGCAUAUCUCUUCAAGCCAGAUCCCAACGCCCGAGAACCAGAAGAGGACGUGCUGGCCGGUGCCAAGCCGCGGCUGUUCAUCCAUUCGGGUCCCGUGGCAUCAGAGCUUAGUGUUAUGUUUGGCUCUGUUCUCAUGCACUCCACACGCAUCCUGCACGUGGCCCACCGCCCGCUAGCCUCGGCUGUCUACAUGGAGAACCUCUUCAACUUGGGUGGGCGGUACAACAGCUCAGAGACCCCAGGCUUCCCACCGCAUUUCAGAGAGACGGAGAUGUUCAUGCGUAUCAUGACGGACAUCGACAACGGAGCUGAACCAACCUUCUACACCGACCAGAGUGGUCUGCACAUGCAGAAGCGCGUCAGGGUACAGCGCAUAGGAAUUCAAGGGAAUUAUUUCCCCAUCACUUCGGCUGCCAUGAUCGAAGACGGCGCCGGGCCAGGCCGCCGCCUCACCCUCCUCACCGACCACGCCGCGGGCGCUGCCUCGUGGCAGCAGGGAUGGCUUGAGGUUAUGGUAGAACGCCGUACCUUCUACGACGACGCACGGGGCAUGGGUGAGGGCGUCACUGACCAGAAACGCACCCUUGGCCGCUACUGGUUAAUGCUCGAAGAAACCCGCAGCCCAGAGCCCGUAGCGCGGCUCUCCCUCGCAGCCCACCACCUCGCCAACAGCCUCAACUACCCCAUCACACAGCUGAUCAACGAGGGGCUGGACGCUGACCAGCUCAACUCGGCCGCCCACCUCAUCACGCGGCCGUUGCCCUGCCCCCUGCACCUCAUGACCCUUCGCACGCUGGCCGAGCCACAGUACCCGAGCCUUCUGCCUUCUCGCACGGCCCUCAUGGUGCUGCAGAACCAGGCGCCUUCCUGCUCCACCUCGGCUUCUGUGGCCACCUGCACCGGCUUGGGCGACUCUCCCUUCCCAGGCACGGAGCUCACAAUCCAGGUGUCGAGUCUUCAGCGUGUCUCCCUCACCGCCACCACCAGUCGGGGAUCGCUGGAGUCGCUGCCGGAGUUGUCGGUCCCCCACCACACGCUGCGGGCCGCCACCCUCACCUUCCCCAAGCCCCCGCCGCCGCCUCCCCCGCCCGCUUAAUAAAACUGUCCUCCGCCUUUACACAGCCUCUCAUUCCUCCUCUCAUUCCUUUCUUCUCCCUCCCUACCCCCCUUCUCUCUAUCUGUCUAUCUAUAUCUGUCUCUAUCUACAUCUCUGUCUUGCUGGAGUAUCUCAGCCAGUCAGUCUAGGAAGCCAAAGGUCACCCAUAUACCUUUUAAUGAACAUAUAAACAUACGAAUAUUAAACUUGUUCUUAAACUUUUAUAUGUAAACAGUUUAUAGAAGAUGUGGAUUUUUUUGAAAAAUUAAAAAGCUAAAAAAACUAAA